CGCCUGCUCCGGCGGCAGCAGUGUUAUCAGCGCUGGUAGCGGCAGGACCCUCCCUCCGUCUCGGCUAAUAAAUAUCCGCUGCCUGCCUAUUCCAGGCAUGGAUGACGGCUGCAGUCAGACAUGGCACUGCGACAUUACACCCUCGACCUCAACCUCUCCGCGGCAGUUGACCCUGCAUCGACAGUUCCUGGCCUACUGUCCAUAUUUCAGGAGCAGGAAAUGACAGAGACUGUCCAUGAAACAAAUGGACAUGGAUAUCUUGCUACUUUUGUAGGCAAAAAUGGCAGGCUUGUUGUUCUGCGCGUGCACUCCCAUGGGUUGGUCACUAUUGAUCUGCAGUGUUACCAAGAGGACAACAUUGCACAACUAGACAAUCUUUUAAAUGCACUGGAAAAGAAGCUAAAGGAUCUGCUAAAAGGCAAUAUCACAAGGAUUAAAAGGCUCCCAGCUCUCAUACGAGGGGGAGAAGUUGACCGAUACUGGCCCACAGCUGACGGCAGACUGAUUGAGUAUGACUUUGACCGGGUGGUGUACGAGGAAGACUCUGCAUACCAAAACAUACGAAUAUUGCACUCAAAGCAGUUUGGAAAUAUCCUAAUACUCAACGGAGAUGUUAAUCUGGCAGAGAGUGACGUGGCCUACACCCAAGCCAUUAUAGGGAGUGGAAAAGAGAACUAUGCUGGAAAAGAGGUGCUGAUAUUAGGAGGAGGCGAUGGAGGCAUCCUCGCCGAGGUGGUCAAACAGAAGCCAAAGAUGAUCACCAUGGUGGAGAUUGACCAGAAGGUGAUCGACGGGUGCAAGGUGCACAUGAGGAAAACCUGCGGCAAUAUCCUCGACAACCUGAAGGGAGACUGUUACCAAAUACUGGUUGAGGACUGUGUCCCUGUGCUGAAGAAGUAUGUCCAGGAAGGACGAACGUUUGAUUACGUAAUAAAUGACCUUACUGCAAUCCCGAUAUCCACGGAGCCAGAAGAAGACUCAACAUGGGAGUUCCUGCGACUCAUCUUGGAUCUCGCAAUAAAAGUACUGCACCCAACUGGAAAAUAUUUCACACAGGGCAACAGCGUAAACCUGUCGGAGGCAUUGAGUCUGUACGAGGAACAGCUGGGAAAGCUCUCGUGUCCCGUGGGCUUCUCCAAAGAGGUGGUGUGUGUGCCAUCAUACUUGGAGCUAUGGGUUUUCUACACCAUAUGGAAAAAGUAAAGCUCUGGAUAUCUCUGCUUGAAUCCCCAGCAGGUGGAAUGUAAAUGCUGUACUCCUCUCUCUCUCUCUGCUGUCGCCUUCAGGUUGUGCUCAGACUGAACGUGACAUGUAAAUUAAACGCAUGUCAAAGUCGAGAAAAGCGAGUGGUUUUGUGGCCUUCAAAAGAUUGAAAGACUGGAUCUGGAGAAACAAAACAAGAAAUACUGGAGUUCCUGUGAUGGUUUUAAGUCUGAGUAGUUUAUACUUACAAAUAACUUCAACCCCUGAACCACAAAUCAGUUUUCCCAAUUUGAGACACAGAUUGUGUCCACAGUUGGACAAACAGUCCCCAGUUAGUUGGUCCUUAAUCUGAAAUUCAGCCCUAAAAGCAGCCUGUUACUUUAACACCGGUACAGCUGUGACUACAUCUGUCCUGUAAUUGGCUGCAAAACACUCAGUCUGAGCACAUCGUAAAGGGCUCAAUGACAGUUUGAUUAUCCCCUAUCUAUCCACCCCAUUUUACCCUGCUCUUCCUUCUCGUUCCUUUUUGGUUGUGUUUCACCAUUGUUUACUACAACUCACGAGUUGUAUUUCAUUUGUGUUAUUUGAUUUGGAAUGUCCAUUUGCAUGUACGCUGAGAAAAUCUGUUAGAUGUUUAAACACUGAUUGAUACACUGACAACUUGGUGUAACUCAUCUCACAAACAAGUGAGUUCUCUCUUAUUUCUUUAGAUUUGUUUUCUUUUCUUGAGUUACGAGCUCAAAUUGUUUGAUAGGCUAAUGUAUAGACGCAGCGCAGCUGAAGGGAGUCGCUUUUAAGCUCUAGUUUUGUUACUGCCGCUCAAAUGUGAUUUGAUUCUUUCAGGUUGUAUCAAGGCGAUGUGAUCACGCCCAGUGAUGACUGUAGUGUUGAAGUCCAAAUGUGUUUUUAAAAGGGAAACAUUUCCACCACUUUAAUGCCACCUUUGUGCUUGUGCUGUUUUUAUGUCAUAUUUUAUUAGCACCUUGGUUUCUCCUGAUAUAUUUAAAGUUUUUUUUAAAGACUGUAUAACGUGCAUGUGAAGGACAGUGAAUGUAGCUUGCAUAUACAGUACACAGCACGUCUACACGUGAGCAACCCUGUGGGACUCAGUUACAUUUAUUUAUUCCAUAUGAUUUCACCAAAUGCUUUUCUGUUCCACUCAAGAUGAGACAUUUUUGUGACCAUUUACAAUUAAAAUGUUUUGGGGGGAAAAGUC